AUGCAAGAUACUGAUUUAAACCCCGGAUUGUAUAGUGUUGUAGCUUUUGAUAUUGAUCGCCUGCCGUCACCCGCAGAUUCAGAACUUUCCUGGAUGGUAUUUCUGGCUCUGAACGUAGAGCGGGAAUGUUUUAUUCAAAAUAAAUCGUGUCAAAUCGACCCAGUUAUCCAUUCCCGAUUUGCUCCAUGUAAAAAAAGAUUUGAUCAUGAAACUACGGUAAAUUUAUUUUUGAUCAAACAGAAUCGCAAACUGUCGGCGAAUGAUUUCAUUGCUUCCGGAGACAUAUUAAGACGGUAUGGAAUUAGUCCAUUACCGGCUAUAGUGGAGUAUGAAAGGUUUCGGGAUCCACGACUGUACGAAGGUACACCGUUAUACGGAAUGCAAUAUAAAGUAAUGCGAUGCAGUCGAAUGGCUACCCUCAUGCACAUCAGACAACGCGUGGACGAGCGUUUGGGUUAUGGGGCAAUGGAAGCAUAUUUGCACACUAAAUCUCGGCCUUACAAAGUUUAUCCAGCUAUACAACGAAUUUUCCCUCAGAUAAAAGUCACCGAAAGAAUGAUAAAAUACGGACGGGACGAGUGUUCCUAUCGGCAAGAAUUUCAUCUCAGUCAUUUUGACAAACAUUUGGAGCCUAUACUGCACGAAAAGGAUUGUCCAGAACUAGAGGUGGAGGCGCUAUUGGAUUGGUUUAAAUCGGACGCAGGCAAGAAUGGUUUUCGGCGCCUGUUACUUGAUCGCAUAAACUACUGGCUAAGGAUGUUGGUGCAAGAGUCACGCAAUUUUCGAUGGAUUCACUAUCUGUCCAUCGAGUAUGAUCGGUACUCUGACACAGAUCUGGCUGACUCAAUAGAUAAGCAAACCGCAAGUGAUAUUCCUCAGUAUAGGAUCUUCAAGAAACUAAAGACAGCAGCCGAUUCUGUACCGGCACAAGACGUUUUGGAGGAAAGUUCCACGGAACAAGACGAAGAAGUAGAAGUUGAGGGCGAAAACAGUUCGCCAGGUAUAUCACCGUAUAUGCAUGCUGUUCAUCCAAGCUAUGCCAGGGCCUUUACGCGGGUGUUGUAUCGUGGUACGCGUAUAAUGUCUCGCUUACAGUUGUUGAUCGAAUUAUAUGUUGAGACGUUUGAUGAAUUUCCCGAAUUCGAGUAA